UAUAAAAUAAGUCAAAUAAUUGGUUAUUAACAUGCACAUAUAUCCUCUAGGAAACCUUCUGAAUGUCUUUUACACCUUUAGUUUCAAAGAUGUGGAAAGCUGUGGUGACCCGUUCAUCACUCAACAACACAAGCUUCACACUUGAGACCAAACAGGUUUAAACUGAGAGAAUGCAGGCUCUUCAGGUUCUAUCUCUGACUCCGUCUGUGCUGAUGGUCAGCGCUCAGUCCAUCGGCUCUGGAAAAUGCCCACAGCCUCCUGUUCAGCAAAACUUUGAUCCUACUAGGUACAUGGGCAGAUGGCAUGAGAUCAUGAAGAUUCCAGCCCCGUUCCAGUUAGGAGAGUGUUGCCAGGCCACUUAUACUCUCAGUGACGGUAUUGUCCUGGUUCGAAAUGAUGAGCUUCUUGCUAAUGGCACUAUAAGCUUCAUUGAGGGAACUGCCAAGAUUGCAGAUGCAUCAGAGCCUGCCAAACUUGAAGUCAGCUUCUUUGAAGAUUCUCCUCCUGCCCCCUACUGGGUGCUGGCUACUGAUUAUGACAACUACACCCUGGUUUACUCUUGCUCGGAUUUCGCCGGUCUCUUUCGUGCUGAGUUUUCCUGGAUCAUGAGCAGAACCCACACACUUCCUAAAGAGACCGUCUCUGAGCUGUUAGACAUCCUCAAAUCCCAUGGCAUCAGUACUGAUAGUUUUACUGAGACCGACCAGAGACCGGAGCUGUGCAGCGUUAUGCCUUAAUAGAGCUGCCUUAUAUAAUGAACUACUGUGAGAUGUGUUGUGGUCGAAUUUUUUUUUUUUUAAACAAUAUAAAUGUAAGCUCUUUACAUACAACAUAUUUUCUCAAUCAGUGGUCUGAGGCAGUGAGAAUGUGAAUGCAUCUAUCUGCAAAUUAAAGUUAACAACUAAAGCUUUUAGUUUAAUUUAUGCAUUUCUGAUGUCACUUUUCUUUCUUCAAACAUGUCUACAAAAUACCUACUGUGUGAUAAAUCAGUUGUUCCUUA